GGCAGGGGGCGGCCAUGGAGGGCGUUGGGGUGGCGCUGGCGUGGCUGCUGCUGGCGCUGCUGUCCCCCUGGGGAGCGGCGGGCGCCAGCUGCCCCCCGCGCUGCGUCUGCGCCUCCAACAUCCUGAGCUGCUCGCAGGCGGUGCUGAGCGCCGUGCCGGCCCCUCUGCCCCGCUUCACCGCCGUCCUGGACCUCAGCCACAACAACGUCACCCGCCUGCGCGCCGACUGGGCGCCGGGGCGCCUGGCCCACCUCCACGCCUUGCUCCUCAGCCACAACGGGCUCUCCUUCGUCUCCACCGAAGCCUUCGCCCACGUCCCCCACCUCCGGCACCUGGACCUUUCCUCCAACCGCCUGCGGGCGCUGGAGGAGAACCUCUUCAGCGACCUGGCCGAGCUGGAGGUCCUCCUGCUCUACAACAACGAGAUCUCCUCCGUGGACCGCACCGCUUUCGAGAACCUCGCCCGCCUCCGCAAGCUCUACCUGGGCCAGAACCGCAUCGCCCGCUUCCCGCUGGAGCUGCUGCGGGACGGCAGCCGCUUGCCCCAGCUCGCCCUCCUCGACCUCUCGGCCAACCGCCUCCGCAGCUUGCCCGUGGGCGAGCUGCAGGCCCUGCCCGCCUGGCUGCGCGACCGCCUCUACCUGCACGGCAACCCCUUGGCCUGCGACUGCCCCCUCUUCCAGCUGGUGGCCCGCGGCCGCCGCCGCCGGUUGAGCGCCGUGAUGGAUUUCCAGGAGGAAUUACGGUGCCUGCUGCCCGCCGCCCAGGCGCCCGUCGGCAUCCUCGCCCUGGCCGGCCGGCAACCCCUCAACUGCAGCGAGGCGCGAGAAGCGGUGCUGGAAGGCCACCUGGGUGACACCGUCACCCUCAGCUGCGACACCCGGUUGCGGGGGGUGCGUAGCCGGCACUGGGUGACGCCGGGAGGCGAGCGGGUGCUGGAAGAAGGGGGGAACGGCAGCGCCGCUCUCCUGGCCAACGGCAGCCUGCAGCUGCGGGCGCUGCGCCCCGAGGACGCCGGCACCUACGCCUGUUGGGUGGCGGGUCCCCUCCUCAACGAGACCCUUUACGUGGAGCUGCUGGUGCACAACUUCACCCUGCACGGUCCCCACGACACCCUCAACACCGCCUACACCACGCUGGUGGGCUGCAUCCUCAGCGUGGUGCUGGUCCUCAUCUACCUGUACCUCACCCCCUGCCGCUGCUGCUGCUGCCGCGGCGCCGAGAAGCCGCCGGCUCCCCGCGACGACAGCAUCAACUCCUCCGUCCUCAGCGCCACCCCCAACCACGCCGCCGGCGUCCCCGGGGAACCUUGUCGAUCCCAUUCGGCUUCCGCCACCGGUCCCGGGCAGAACGGCAGGUUUAAAGUAGAGGGGACCCCCCAGCCGCCCCCCCGGCACGGCCCCAAGGCGCAGAGGAAGGUGUCGGAUCCGGACUCGGUCAGCUCUGUCUUCUCCGACACCCCCAUCGUGGUGUAAAGCCGGGGAGGACAUCGUGGGGACUGUCCCCAGGGACACCCCGUCCCCACCGCCGCUGGGACCUGGCCCUGAUCUUCUCUGACCCCCCCCGCCAUCGUGGCGUAAGGGGAGGGGGACAUUGUGGGGACGGUCCCCAGGGACGUCCUGUCCCCCCCACCGCUGGGACCUGGCCCUGAGCUUCCCCGACACCCCCCUUGUGGAAUAAGGAGGUGGGGGGGACAUCGUGGGGACUGUCCCCAGGGACACCCGGUCCCCACCACCGCUGGGACCUGGCCCUGAUCUUCGCCGACACCCCCAUCGUGGUGUAAUGUGGGGGGGGGACAUUGCGGCGACAGUCUCCAGGGACACCCCAUCCCCCCCGCCGCUGGGACCUGGCCCUGAGCUUCUCCAACCCCCCCCCUUGUGGAAUAAGGAGGGGGGGGGACAUCGUGGGGACAGUCCCCAGGGACACCCCGUCCCCACCACCGCUGGGACCAGACCCCGAUGGAUGCACUGCGGGGGGGGGGGGCAGCCUGGACCCCCACCGCCGUGUCCCCAGCUUGGGGAGGGGGACACACGCCAUCCCCCCACCCCAGCAUCGCUGCCGCCAAGGUCACUGCCACUGUGGGACCGCCAGGGACAAUGGGGCUCCCGUGGGGACAGUGUGGCCACAGAGCUGGGGGGGGCGGGGGGGGGGGUGGGGCACUGCAGGACCACGGGUGACAGUGCCCGGGAUGGAUCAGCGGGUGCCCCCCCCAGGGACGGCAGCACCGGGGGCACCCAGAGGCUGCGGCACUGGGUGGGGGGGGGUCCUGCUUUGGCAGGACAGCCGCCCCCCUCCCCAUGGCGCUGGCCCCCCCCUUGCUCCCCCCCUUCCCCGGCAUGCGUAUCGCGAAGCAUGAGUGCCACCGGGGAGCAUGCGCCCCCCCCGCGGGCCAGCGCUCGGCGUGGGGGGGGG